AUUCGAGAGAUAUCGUUGGUUGAAGUAUCAAUAUUAUUUCUUCACUGUUGUAGAGAGAGAGAAAGCAGAGCAGAAAUGGCUUACUAUGCACUCAUCGUUUCUCUGAAGCAGACCUUAGAGCCCCUGCUUGAUUCCGUUGCAUCCAAAAUUCAAAUUCCCAACUCAGAGCUAAAACUAAUUUACGACGACCUUUGCUACCUAAAAUCCUUUUUCAAUAAAAUAAUUUCUUUGGAACACAGCAAUAGCGUGGAGGAGCUGGAAAAGCAAAUCAAGGAUGUAGUGCAGAAGGCUCAAGAUCUGAUUGAAUCCCAUCUAUCAGAUCUAGUUCACCCUGGAGAUGAGAGUUCAGUUUCAGGGUUCUCCCAUGAAUUGGGGGAAGUCAAAGAUAGACUUGGCUCCCUAAUCGAAAUGGUAAAGGCCAAGGAAGAUUGGCUCACAGGAAACCAGCAAUCGGCCGAUCCUCUUGCUGCGGAUGUUGCUGUUUCAUCAGAGAUUGAUUUUGGCAGGAAUAACAUCAUAGUGGGAUUGGAAAAUGAAACAAUGCAUCUGAAAGUUUGGGUUUUUGGGAUGCCUUCCAGCCUCCAAGUGAUCUGUAUUGUUGGAAUGGCCGGCAUCGGUAAGACUGCUCUUGCCAAACAGGUAUAUCUCCAUCAACUUAUAAAUGAGCACUUCACUACCCUUUUAUUUCUGGAAAUAGGUAUAGCGUAUGAGUUGAAAGACUUGCUGCUGCGUCUCCUUGGUCAACUGGUUUCCGAGCAUAUGGAAGAAGCGACGGUUGAUGAAUUAGGAUAUCAGCUCCACAAGUGUUUAUAUGGUGGGAGGUAUCUGGUUGUAUUAGAUGAUAUAUGGGAUGUUCGGGCCUGGGAUGGAAUUCGACGUUUCUUUCCGGAUUACGGCAAUGGUAGUAGAAUCAUCUGCACAACUAGGAUAACUCACGUGGCUUCUUAUAUUGGCCGCAGUACCCGAAUUCUCCAAAAGUGUUUCCUGGAUGAUAACGAAAGUUGGGAUUUGCUUUGUAAGAUGGCAUUCUCUGACAUGGAGAUGUGCCCUUCGGAACUUGAAGAAAUCGGCAAGACAAUUGCCCAAAAUUUGGGAGGACUUCCUCUCCCAAUUGUCGAAAUUGGUAAACUCCUAUCUAUUUUACCAACAACGGUGGAAAGUUGGAGGAGAGUAGCUCAAAAUAUAAAAUCACAUAUCCAACAAACAGCCAUCCCAAAGAUUCUGAAUACAUCUUAUGCUCAAUUGCCUCAGCAUUUGAAGGCAUGCUUUCUCUACUUUGGGCUAUUCCAACCCAACUAUAAUAUCCCUACUUCUCAACUCGUUCCAUUAUGGGUUGCUGAGGGAUUUGUCAAGCCUGCACCAGAUAAAACCUUAGAAAAAAUAGCCGAGGAGUAUCUGGAGGACCUUGUUUCCAGAAGCCUAGUUAUAAUUAAUGAGCGGAGCUCCACCGGAAGAAUUAAAACCUGCAGGAUGCAUCAGCUCCUUCAGGAUCUCUGUGUUAUUGAAGCUCAACGGCAAAGAUUGUUCCAUCUUGUAAACCAGGGCCUUACAAGUUCUCGAGCUGGCACAAGAAAUCAGCGGCGGCAGAGCAUCCAGAGUGAUGUUGUAUUUGGAGCGAUGGAGUCAGCUUCUAGUGUACGGUCUCUGCUUUUUAUGUGCCCACAGCAACAAUACCCAUUACCGGUGUUUGUGCGUUGUAGAUGGCUGAGGGUACUUGAUGCACUUUCAAUCAGAUUUUGCAAGUUCCCUGAUGAAGUAUUAAGGCUAGUUCGGUUGAGGUACCUGGCCAUCACAUAUGACGGGGAGGAGCUCCCGUCAUCCAUAUCCAGGCUCUGGAACCUUGAAGUAUUGAUUAUUCGUCCUAGUCAUACCAUCAAUUGCUCUGUGUUUCUGCCGUUAGAGAUCUGGAAGCUGCACAAACUGAGGCACCUACAGUGCAUGGGAUUUGACCUUCCAGAUCCUUCAAUGGAAGAUGCUUCGGAUUUUCUAUUCUUGAGAAAGCUCAAGACGCUUUCAGGUGUGAGUGCUCGUAGUUGUAUCAACGGAGUUCUUGCAAGGAUGCCUAACCUAAUCAAGUUAGGAAUAUGGCUCGAGCCAACAACAACUGAGUAUGCAGUUGAAACUUUUUGUUUUGACGCUAUUUUUACCCAUCUCCAUCGGCUAGAGUCAUUCAAAUGCACACCAAUGAAUCGAUCAGAAGCUGCGUUUUCCCUUACAGGUUUCCCUCCUCUUUGUCUUAGAAAGCUAAGCUUGAGUGGAUGUGGAUUUGUAUGGGGUGAGCAUAUGCCCAUCAUUGCUUCAUUACCGCAUCUUCAAGUACUAAAGUUGCGAUGGCACGCCUUCUGUGGCCAUGAGUGGGAAUCAUACGAGGGGGGGUUUAUGCGUCUUAAAGUCCUGGUGUUGGAAGACUUAGAUAUAAAGCAGUUGAUGGCAGAGUGGUCCCACUUCCCAACUCUGGAACAACUGAUAUUUAGGCGCUGCUACAACCUCGAAGAGAUCCCCCCUGAAUUUGGAGAGAUAUCAACACUUCAACUUAUAGAGGUGGAUGAUUGCAGCAUGUCCCUCAUUCACUCAGCAGAACGCAUAAAGAAGGAGCAAGAGGCGUUUGGAAAUGAUGAUAUACAAGUUCGGAUCUGUUCUUCGUCUCAUGGCCAAGUGUAAUUCACAAAUUCAAACUAUGCUACACAUCUUAAUUUGCCCACCCUACUGCCCAUCUCAACGGCUUGGAACAAAAGUGAGUAUAAAUAAAUGAAAUCAUAAAAAUGAUGGCAGAUGCAUGUUCAUUAAAUUAUUGUUUAGUAAUAUGUUGAUACGUUAAUACUUUACAUUGAGAAAGACAUGUGACUACUGCUGAAUUGGACUUCACUUCGGACGCUAAAAUGACGCUGCGCCUAUACCAAUUUUCUUGAAUUUUCAA